CGUUCUGCUCUCGCGUCCUAUCUCUUAUUUCUCUACCAUAUCAAGGCCAUGGCGGGAGGCCCAGGAGAAUACGAAGUUGAGACCAUUGUAAGGGCCAAAGUCGCGAAGAAGAAGGGGAGGAAGUCAUGGCUCUAUUGUGUCAAGUGGAAGGGCUACGGCACCGAAGACAACACGUGGGAACCGGUGGACUCUUUCGUAGGCGGGUCCGAGCACUUCAUAGAGUUCUUCUGGAACCGCGUGAACACGGAUGGACGCGACUACCAGAGCAUUCGCGAGUUCGCUGUCGAUGAGGAGUUCUUUCCGUCUGGGCCACCUCGCCGGAAGAAGGCGAAGAAGACGGAAGACCCCGAAGAUGUCAUUGAAAUUCCCUCUUCCCCCUCUCCAGCAGCGAACGCGGACUCUGAGAACGAAGUACGCUCUAUCAUCGACGAUGAUGAACCAGUCAUCACCACCACUACGCGCAACAAACGCCGCCGUUCCUCAGGCGCUGCAGACGCGGAGCCCUCACCCUCAAAGCGUCCGAAGCGAGGCCGCCCUCCGGGCAAACGUGCUUCAGAGGUGGAGGUUGAAGAGGCAUCUAAGACCCUCACUCGCAAACGCUCCGUCCCCGAGAUACCCAGGACAAACCGCGGACGUGCACCAGUAGCGGAGGCUUCGACGUCUUCCCCACAGAAGCCCUCUAUCCCGCGCACGCGGGGGCGAAAGGCCCCACCUGCCCCGCGCGCGUCUUCCUCCUCACCUGACGAGCUGUCAUUCCUACCAACGACCAACGGCAAAUCUCGAGCCUCGCCGGCGAAGAGAAAUACUGCGGCCGGUUCGCGUGUCGAAGCUGCUAUCGAUGUCGACGCUCCGCACGAGGGAUCAGCCUCCGAGGACGCAGCGGAGGCCUCCGCUAUGAUUGUAGACGACGAUGAAAGCGAGGCGUUAACUUUCGGCACGCCAAGUCUGCUCGCCCCAGAGCCCGGCCCUUCGACGGCUCUCCCAGCACACCGUUCGCGCGCCGCAAACCCUCGGGUGAAGGUCAUGGAUGACCACAAUCUCACGGAGUCUGGCGGUGCCCUUUCUGUCAAAGCUAGGUUCAUGAGGCGCACCGCGGGAGCGAGCACCGUCGAGAGCACCGCAAGUAGCCCUGCCCGCCCAGGGCGCGUUCCGAAGGGAAAGGCGGGUCCCGGCAGAUCCUCUAGCGGUCUCGUAGUAGGCGGAACUCGUCUAGUAGCGCAAAAGGGCAAGUUGACGUCCGUGAAAUCGGCUGCAGGUGCCGCCAAGUCCAGCGCGUCGCAACGAGUGUCUGCCGUCGAACAGAACGGAGACGACGGCCCGCUCUUUGAUUCAACCGACGCAGAAGAGGUCCCGGGAUUGGGCCAACUGGACGAUGCGCCGAAGCCGCCUCCUUCCGGCAAGGAACUACUGAAACAGGCUGGACUGGAUGCCACGGCUGCCAACGACUUGCCAGACUUCGAGGAAGAUGCCGAGGGUGAGGAUGACGUCGAAUUCAUCGAAAAUCCGUCGCAACCGCAAGGUCCUCUGUCGCCCAACGGCCAGGCAGCAGGCGAAGGGACCUCUGGAGUUGCCGCUCCAGAAGAAGCACCGAAACUUCCGGAGAAAGCACCUAUCGUGCUGGAAGCCCGGCCUCUUACGUUUGCGAGCCGUGUCACUUCCGCUUGGAGCCAGUCUACCAUCUUCGGCCCUCUCGCCCUUGGGCUGAGUCCCACCCGGAAGGCUGUCCAAGAGGAACAGAAUGGCUCAUCUUCACCCAAGAGAUACACGCUCAACCUGAACCUCGACUCCGCCGUCUCCCUACCCAUCACGCUCAAGGACACUCAUGCCGAUGUCACAUUCUUGGAGAAGAUCGAUACCAACGCACGAAACCCGACCGGGAAGUUCUACAAGGACGAGAACUCCAUCGCCCUGGUCAACACCCUCAAGCCGUGCAAAUCAUACGCCAGAGUCGCCCUCAGCGACGGCGCAACCGACGAGCAGAAGAAGCACUUCGAACGCUUCGUCUCUCGAAUGCUGGCUGGGGAGUUGUUCAUCCAGAUGAACCACUUCGAGCCGCUGGUGAUGUGCGCCUCCGAAAACUCCGUGCUCGGGCAGAAACUCGCUGUGCCCGCGCCUCUUCUUGGUCUCGCUGGAACGGUGCUCGUCGUCCACGUCAGCAUCGAGGACCAUUGUGCGUACGCGGACGCCGCCGAUCGGGCGGACGGUGCGCGGUGGUGAAGGACGGUGAAGCCCGGUCUGCGACGAUGUUCUAUGCUAUCUGCUAUUCUGCUGCUUUUGUCACUCCUCAUGUACCUUGUCAUACUACAGCGUGCUAAUAUCGAGAA